UUGUACAGAACAGAAUUUAUAAAGAUCAGAGAAGCAGUGAAAAUGUUUAAAGAAUUGACUCUAAUUUCCUUGGUUGUUGUCUCAAUACAAGCGAAGACCAUGUGUAGACUCGAUUCAGAAUGUGCAUCAGAUCAAUGCUGUUACUAUCACGAAGGACCAAUGAUUGUCAGCAAGAGAAAUGUGUUUUUGCCAUUCAAUGCCAUGCAUCAAGGUGGUUGGUGUGAAACAUAUCUCGCGGAAGGAGCACGGUGUAAUCCUUUUUCCAAACUGAACGGGCACUGUAGCUGUGGAAAUGGUCUGACAUGUACACGUUUUCCAUACACAACAACAUCAUCAGUCAUUAAACGAAAGCUCCUUCCCGGAGACUACCUCUGCUCGCCAUCUCCUUAAACAGAAAUUAAA